AUGCGCGGUUCCAUCAUAGCCGUCCUCACCACCAUCAACUUCCUGGCCCAGUCGGUCAUAGCCAUGACCUUCACCGGCUGCAUUAGCCCCGCCAGUCUUCCCCCUGGCGUCCUGGGAUCCACCGGCACUACACUCGGUGUCUGCCAGCACUGUUUCUGUGACAACAAUCCAGCCGUCGGUGCCACCGCCAACUGUGGCUAUACCACCUAUUUCCUCUUCUCCCACCCGCCAGGUGCUGUCGCCUCUGCCCUCCCGCGUCGCAGCAAGCAGCUCGUCAUUGGAAACGACGACACGUAUUGCCCCAUCGGUUAUGCGGCGUGCCAGAUUGCUUCGGACCCCGCUAUGGGCUUUGAGUGCCUGGAGACGUCGACCGAGCUUGAGUCUUGUGGUGGCUGCCGCUUUGGGUCCCACAGCGACGGCAACCACUCGGCCCCGGUUGGUAUCGACUGCACGAGCAUCCCCGGUGUCUCGUCCACGGGCGUUACCUGCAAAGGUGGACUCUGUGUCACCAAGCGCUGCCACAGGGGCUUCCAUCUUUCCCGCUCUGGCGAGUGCGUGUAG